AUGUCUCUCACGGUGCGGCCUCCUCUAGGCUGCUCGCGACUCUUGCGGCAACGGCAAUGGCACAAAGCUCCUGUCGCAUUCUACAGCAGCUCAUCCGGAGGCAGCCUGUCCUCGCCCAUCAAAUUAUCCACCAUCAAAGCCCCACACGCAGGUGAAAUCACCGUGGUGUCAUUGAACCGACCCAAGGCCCGCAAUGCCAUCAGCCGACAGCUCCUCUCCGAGCUUCGCGGCAUCGUAGACCAAGUCCACGCCGAAGGCGGGAAGGGCAGCACUCGAGCGCUGAUCCUAGCGUCCGAGAGCGAUGAUGCCUUCUGCGCUGGAGCCGACUUGAAGGAGCGUCUGACGUUCACUGAAGAAGACACACGCGAGUUCCUCAGAAAUUUACGAACUACCUUUACCCGCCUCGCGUCCCUGCCCAUCCCGACCAUCUCUGCCAUCGGUAGCACGGCCUUCGGAGGCGGCCUCGAGCUAGCUCUAUGCACGCAUUUCCGCGUCCUUGCUUCGACAGCUUCGCUGGGCUUGCCGGAGACGAGACUCGCCAUCAUUCCAGGUGGAGGUGGAACAUAUAGACUUCCUGCCAUCAUUGGACAGAGUCGUGCAAGAGAUAUGAUUCUUACUGGGAGACGGGUGUCAGGAGAAGAAGCGUAUUUUAUUGGCUUGUGUGAUCGACUGGUGCAGAUUUCGGAAGAUGAGCUGAAUGGUGCCGGUGUGGCAAGAGGCAAGGUUUUUGAGCAGGCGGUUGAGUUGGCGAAGACUAUCUGCGAAGGCGGUCCUAUCGCUAUUCGUGCUGCAAUGCAAGCUGUUAAUGGUUGGGAGAAGGGUGAAGAGAGCGAGAAUGCUGCGUAUGAGACUAUUUUGCACACUCAGGACAGGACGGAGGCGCUGAAGGCUUUCGGUGAAAAGAGGAAGCCCGUUUUCAAGGGCAGAUGA